AUGUUUUUAUGUGAAUUCAUUAAUUUAUAUAACAAAAUAUUUGUACACAAACCAAGUCCCAAAACCAGAAUCACUUUUUCUACAAAAGCCCAAAUGGAGCUUCCUCUCCAACCCCACAUUCCCAGUUGUUUGAGGACCUCUCAUGUCUCUGAAACUGAACCAAAGACCACCAUUUUUCACUUAGUUUCUUUCAAAUAAUCCCUUUUCAUACAUUCAAUGUCUUCAGCAAUGAGUAAAACCAGAAACCAAAAGAAACCCACCAAACAGAUCUAUCAGAGCCAGAACCACCCGCCCAAGAAGACAGAAAAACCACCUUCUUGGGCUGUUGUAAGAGGCUUAUUGACAUGCAAACACCUUCAGACUCCACAGCUGCAAGAACAGAAGCAACAAACGGCAACGAAGCAGAAAAAGCAACAGCAAAAAGAGCAAGCAGCGGAGGAAAAUGCCAAGAAAUGCAAGAAGAUGAAGUGCUCUGGCUCGCUGUGUAGCAACACAAAGGUCAUGCACAGGCCUGAAACUGGUUCACCUGAAGUUCAUAAGAAAAGGGCUUUAGUGGGCGGUUCGAGUAACAGUGAAGUAUCCAGUAGAUCCAUGAAAGCUCCUCUGAAUGAAAUUAAUGGAGUUGUUUCUACAUCUUCUUCUUCUUUGUCUGUGUCUUCAACUUCCUCUGUUGGAGGUUCUUUUAGAGGUAUGCCUUUUAGGAGAUUCUCAGGUUGCUAUGAGUGUAGAAUGGUGGUUGAUCCGGUUCUUGGAUUUGCCAGAGACCCUUCUUUGAGAGGUAGUAUUUGUUCUUGUCCUGAAUGCGGUGAGAUUUUCAUGAAAGCUGAAAAUCUUGAGCUUCAUCAAGCUGUUAGGCAUGCAGUUUCCGAACUGGGUCCUGAAGACACAAGCAAGAACAUAGUGGAGAUCAUAUUCCAAUCGAGCUGGCUAAAGAAACAAGUCCCAGUAUGCAAAAUCGACCGCAUUCUCAAAGUCCACAAUACCCAGAAAACCAUCUCUAAAUUCGAAGAGUACAGAGACUCCAUCAAAGCCAAAGCCACUAAGCUACCCAAAAAGCACCCUCGCUGCAUAGCAGAUGGAAACGAGCUUCUCAGGUUCCAUUGCACCACCUUCGUGUGCUCACUGGGUCUUAACGGUUCCACCAAUCUCUGCAACUCAAUCCCACAAUGCAACGUUUGCAGUAUAAUCAAAAACGGGUUCAAAGCAGCCACCGUAGAGGCUGCUGGAAACGGGAUUUUGACGACGGCGACUAGCGGAAAAGCUCACGACAAAGCGGGGGUGGCAGAGGAUGGGAACGAGAAGCGAGCAAUGCUGGUUUGCCGAGUGAUUGCAGGGAGGGUGAAGAAGAACAUGGAAGGGAAUAUAGACGAGUAUGAUUCGGUUGCUGGAGCUGUAGGGGUCUACUCCAAUUUGGAUGAGUUAUAUGUGUCAAAUUCUAAGGCCAUUUUGCCCUGUUUUGUUGUAAUUUAUGGAGGAUUUUAGUUGUUGUUGUUGUUGUUUUUUUUUUUUAUUUUUUUUUCCCCCAAGCACUUGUUAGUAAAUAAGUGUAAGCAUUCUUGCCCUUUUUUUUUUUUUUUUUUUAAAAACUUUUAUAAAAUGUUUCCUGAUUUCCAGGAAGUGUGUUUUUUAAUCAUCAUGAUCCACCACAAUCAGUCAAAAA